UUUAAACACGCCGAGCUAGUUCCCGCCACUAAAUUUUAAAUAACUUUUUAAAUUAUUAGUUGGAUGUUCUGGAAAAUCUUGUUGAUGCAGCUUGUCGACUGACUACGGCGUCCGCAGAGGGGCAUAAACGGCUCAGACGAUGGAGAGAGUAAAGGCUGUUGUUCUGCUGCUGCUGCUCUUCACUCAUGUUUUCUGUCAGACUGCUGAGAUUGAGAGCUGGAGAGAAAACAGACGGGAGAAUUUAAACGAAUGGCCAAACUCUGAAAUAAUCAAGAAUAUUCUGGUUAAAAUGACAAGAAAACCAGCACCUCAUCACUAUCUGCGGCGCAUUGGGAAGAAAGACUUUGCAAAACUACAGUCACAACAUAAAAGACGUAAGUUUCAAACAUUUGUGGCCCUGAUGGGGAAAAGGAGCAUGAAGGAUCCCGGUGCCAUGAGUGAGGAAAACUAACGGGGAGGAAAAAACAGACUGCAGCUACUGUCCUUCUGCAUCGGUCCAACAGACUGACUGAAGUUAGUUUGUCUCGUUUUCAUCUGCAAGAUGUCAGUUCUAAUUAAUGGAGUUGCUGAAAAACAGAGACAUCUAGUGGUCAAAAAGUGAAUAGCGGAAAAAAUAAAACCUAAAGUACCAAAUGUUCAACAUUAUCGACUUACUAAUACAUAUGUAGCUCAUCAUUAAAGAAAAUUGACAACGUGAAAAGAGUUUGGACAAAACUGACUGAAGGUGAAAGACAUGGCUAUUUGUGUAAAUAAAACCAGCCUGCUGUUCUGUUUUAUCACAGGUUUAUUAAGUGACUUUGUACAAUACGAAUGAAAAAUAAAAUUAAAAAUACAGAGAUGGGAGUUAUACAGCCAAAAGCAAACUGAGGUGUCAGCUCUUCAUUGUGAAAAUCAAACACGUCACUGUUUUUUUUAAAAGUCAAAAUGUUUUUAUUUUGAAUUUCUUCCUAAACAGUGGACGCUGCCAUCGAGUUUCUGAGAAUUUUCUAAAACGUACAUAAAAAACAUGUGAUUACUUCAGCUGGCUUGGUACAUACAUAUAUAUAUGUACAUUAUACAUAUGUAAUUAUAUAUAUAAAAAUAAACUAAGGUGAAACAAUGUGUAACACUUGAUGUUAUAAAUGGUCCGAGGCUAGUGGAGAUAUUGUAAGGAUUGAUAAGGACAGGA